CUAGUAAAGAAGAACACAUUUCCACUUCCCUCUGUCAGAACUACUGGUAGUCAUCACGGUCAUGAACGCAUCAAUUGUUCCGAAAUAAAAUGGAAAAAAGUAUGACCAUGACGGAAAUAAAGAUAUUAUCGUGGAAGGGACGAACACAACAGAAACGAGCAAAAAGAUGCUGAUUCUGAGUUGGAACGUGGCGGGUUGGGGGCCCACGCAUCAGACCAUCUGUGCGCACUUUGGGAGCCUGGAAAACUACCUGGAGAACCACGGGUGCGACGUGCUGUGCAUCCAGGAAAGCAAGGUUUCCUCGCAAAAAGCGUCGGAGAUCACCACGCACCGGGAGGCGUUCCAACUGGGCCUCGAGGUGCGCGAGCACGAGGUGGAGGUGGACAACGGGGGCGUGACCUCCCUUGCGGACGCACGUGGAGGUCCUGCCCAUCUACUUCCGGCUUCAUCUGGGACCGCCACGACCACGUCCACGGAGGCGGCAUCUUCAGGUACUUCUAGUGUAGAAAAAACGCAGCCGCAAUCAAUCAGCAGCACCAUAGUUGAUACUCAUGUUCAACAAGAACAGCAAUCUCAUUCUCAGCCCAACAGCUCUCCUCGUCGGAAGUGGAGUUCUUUUUUCGCGUUCAACAAGAGCAAAAAUAAGCGGCUUUCCGGCUUCAACGGCGUGGGCUGUUUCGUGCGGACCGACAGGUAUCCGGUGUACGCGGCGACCCAGAAGGUCUUCAACGACCCGGAGCUAGACGACGAGGGACGGGCGCUGCUGCUGGACUUUGGAAAGUUCCGGCUGCUGAACAUCUACGCGCCCUUUGCGAACUCGCCGGACGUGACGGUCGAGCGACAGCGGUUUAAGCUCAAGUUUUUGCAAAAACUAGAAGCCAGGUACCUCCGCACGGUGAAACAAGAACAGCCACCAGGCACAACUACCACUGGAAGAAUCACAGCAACCUCGUCCACCACAGCUGGUUGCUCUUCAACAUCUUCUUUUACAGCGAAAGGGGCCGACGUGGUCCCUGUACCAGUACAACUACAACUGCCCCAGCAAAGUAAUGGCUCGUCUGCUGCAGGACCUGCAAACGCGGGUCAACAGAUGGUACCAGCAGCUGGCGUCGAGGGGGCUGGAGGUGAUAUGAAACAGCAACAGAACAAAGCACAGACCGGCGGAAACAGAGGAAAUAAGUUUUUCGACCCAGACAAUUUUACAAUCCUGUGUGGAGAUUUCAACAUUUCCUACCGGAAAGAGGACGUCAAGGUGCAGCGCCGACUACUCGAAGUGGACCGGGAAACUGGGCGAGUGGUGGCCGGCAUCUAUGCAGUUCAAAUGUGGCUGGGUAGUUUGGAAAGUCCGAGUUUCUUUCUGUUGCUUGGUGUGCGCGACAAAAAAAUCUGUAUUGCGUGGGCAGCAUAUCAAGCAACGCAAUUUUGGAAGCCCGAAGAUGGCGUUUGUCAUGCAGGAUAGAUGUGACGCUACGCUACAGCUCGCGUUUCAGAACUUCGGGGCCAUAGCCAUACGAAACCUGCAUAACAGAUCUUGCAACCUUUCAGACCUCCCAGACAUAUUUGCAAUGCAUAGCAUGCCGGCAGACAUGAUUCCCCUUCCGCUCAACGUGGACCAGGAUCCGGACGACGGGAACUCCGGUGAGGAAGACAACACAGCGACCCCAGGAACAGCGGGUGUAGUUGGUGCAGGAUCCACUUCAAGGCCACCGCCGAUGAACACUGGGAAGAACGCGAUGACGGGUAGAUUAAAACAAGACAAUGGCUCAUCAUCCCGACAAGGAGAAGGACAACUACCUCUGCAAAGUACAUCAAGUGCUGGACAGCCAAAGCCUCAACAUACUCUCGGAACAAUUUCCGCAUCCGAAAAGAACCCCACACGAGGACUUCGUAGUACUGAUAACCCCGUAGCUGCUCCUCCUGCAGCGCACAUAGCUGCCAACGUGAAGAAAGAUGCCGUCGUGCCACGACCAAAACCUGCGGGGCAGCCGAAGAUCUCGAGUUUUUUCUCUGGGUUUCCAUCCGGGACGACGGGGACCGCAGGUGGGGACAAAGGUACAGAUGGUUCUUUGAUCUCAGGAUCACAAAACAUUUUCAAAGGGGCAGCAGGCGACGAACAAGAUGUCGCACUACAACCUCAAAAAAAUUCCGCAACUUCGACAAAGACGCUGCUAGAGCAGAACAAAGUAGGUCGUGUGGUCGAGACCAGUACAACAAAUUCAGUUUCAUCCACCUCAACGACUGCGAGAAGUACGACGGUAACAUCAAGCUCUACUUCAUCUAGCAGCUCGACAAAGUUUCUCACCGUCGCCGCUGCAAUGGAGCAGUCCCAGCUGCCACUGAGCGCGUUUCGCGCGCACGGCCUGGCCCGGCACUUGCGGUUCGAGCAGGAGGCCGUGAGAUGGCUGCAAAAGCUGCUGCGGACCAAGUGCGCAGACUUAUUCGACGUAAUUUACGGUAGGACCGCGAGGGACCGCUUCACCUGCUGGAAUCAGUUUACCUCGGAGCGGGUCGAGUCGAAUAACGGGUCAAGGAUAGACUUGAUUCUCGUGUCCAAACCUCUUCUUGCACGGUACUUGCGACCAGCGGGAGGAGGAGCUGCGGCUGGAGAAAUGCUACAGAGUCAGAACCUUCUAGAGGUAGAAAAAGAUAAAGAAGAUACAAUCAGCCGGCGGGGAAAUAGUAUUAAAAGCAUUAUGUACGACGUUGGUUUUCUGGACGCGGAGGAAGCGAAAAAUCUUGACCUUGCGGAAGGUGUGCAGAAGUACCUUGCAGCUACAAAGGGGUCCCCGUUGGAUCACGAGGCGCUAGGGUCAACACCAGUUGCACACAGGAGCGCAGCGGUGGACAGUGAAGAUUGUGUCCAAGAAAGUUGUAAGGAGACUGGUACAAAAAGAACUGCGACAGCACCACUACAGGAGCACCCGCCCGUCUAUUCCCCUCUCCCACUUGACGGGCACUUCGUCUAUGACCCGCGAAUCUCGGACGUUCGCGGACCCUUUACGGAAGAGCAGGCGGCCCACAACGCAGCUACGUGUUUCGGCGGCUGGCACGGCCUCAACCGCUUCGCCUCACAGGGGCAGCGAGACGAAUCCGGGCAAAAGGACGACAUGCGGCUGAACAACAGUCAGUUUUCCCACAAUUUUGAAACCGCGGAGCGGUUGCAGCUACGGCACUGGGCAAGGGUUGGUAAUAGUACGACGAAGAACAAAAACACCAGCAGUGGAGAGGGGUUACAACUACAAGGGAGGAACCACAAGCCAGACGAGAGGACCGCAGCGGACCACACGUCAACCAGCAGUCCGAGGGAUCUUGGAGGUCCUUUGACGAGGAGCUCCCUUCUGCAGAAAAAGCGCCACCUUGCGAGCAUCAUUUACACGCCGCCCUCCUACUCGGACCACACCAUGAUCAGCCUUCUCCUUCCAGACGAAGUCUAUGACUCGUUGCCCAACAAGCCCUGCGGUCUGUCCGCAGCGCAGACACGAGAGACGCACCCCUGGAGAAACCAGACGCGGUCCAUGUUGUCCUUUCUCGGCGGUGGUGGCAAAAGGUCGGGUGCCGGUGUGCAGCUGGGUGCUGCAGGAAGUGUGAAGUUGGUGAAUCCCGCAUCAAAGCGGCAGCGAACCUGAGUAGUCUUGUGCUGAGAAGGAAAGCUUUGAUGUGCAGAGACAGUGCGUGUUUCUUCUAGGUGUUACCUGUGGUAGAUCAUGUUGUUGAGCGACAUUCAUUGGUGUGUAUACUGAAUAUUGGACCUGUGAAAAGGGACUUUAGCAAAGCUUGAUGUGUUGUUGAAAGCACCGAAAUAUAACGUAGAGCGCAAAAAUGAGUCGAC